AUGUACGAAGGGAUUGACAACCUGAAAUCCCUUUACGACCGUGCCGGGAAGACUUUCUCCGGCGGUCCUUCUGCGGCACAGGAUGUGUCGCGUCGUACUGCUCGACCAGACCCAGUACGUCAACCAUCAAUUGGGAGCGGGGCUCCCAAGAAUCCCAGGACGGGGGAUAGCCGCGCCACCGGACGAGGUAACUCGUCCGACGUCCGUUCACGUCGCGGUGGUUCAACAGCUGCUCAACUAGAUAGCGCUGGCCACCGCGAGAGUCCUCUAAUGGAGGUGGAGGAGGAGGAAAGACGCUCUCCACACGAUCAUGUGGAUCGGCGUCUCCAGAUGGUGGACACUGCCUCGAAGCAUCGAGCUGAGUUUGCCUUUGCUCAGCUUGAGAACGAGAGAUCUCUGACAUCUCUUCGUGACGAGCUAAGGGUAGCUCGUGGGAUUGUUGAUCGGUCUCGGGCUGAGAUAACUGCUCUUCAGACCCUUGUUGAUGCCCACCAUCGGGAGCACAAGGCUCUCUGCGAGAUGCUUGAGCGCAAGGGCGUUCUUCAUCGGAAGAAGCAGCGUACUGAUGGUACGGCUUAA